GUAAUGGCCGCUGUCUGGCGUUGUCGGUGAAUCGGUCUCUUUUGUAGUCUCGCAAACGAAAUAUCGCAUAGCAUCAUUGUUUAAGAAAAUUCAGUGCGCGGCAAUCCACGUGACGAGAGGUGCGGUGUUCGCUGGUGCAUAGUGUGUACAGUGAUGUAUAUGUUGUGACUCGAGAACAGACGAUCCGUCGAGAAAAUUCAAAUCGGAUGUGCACUGGUGUCCCACUGUUUACUCGGCUCACUGACCGUUCACGGUUCUAGAUUGAGAAAAUAUCGUACUAGUAAUAAGAAGAUCGUGAUCGCACGAUAUGCAAUCGAGUAUCGUGGGCUUGCGUCGCGUCAUUUCGAAGUCGCCAGGUUCCAUUGAGCGAUGGUUCAUCCUCGGACAGUAAACAAAAGUGACAGCGUGCAGAUGCCGUUCGGUCAUGCCUCCCGUCUCGUCUGUAUUUGUCGAUAGUAUUUGACGUCCUGUUCUUCGCGAGCCCGAAUUCUCUCACGUAGUUCAAGGUCUUCUAAAAUCAACCUAACACCACGCUGCCAACAGGCCCAGGCAAUUUCACGCCACUUUCGAGAUCGAACGUGUGCCGAGCGUGUUCGUCACUGACAGUAACACUGACCGCGCUUUUCUCAGUUAUCGCUCGCGUUGUUGUGUCUUUUUCAAGGACCUGUCCCAUAAUUUCCGACUCGAAAAAAUUAACAUCUUCGUAAGACUCGAAGCAAGAGAAACAGUGGACGCAUCGUUUUCACUCCCGCAGAUUUCUUCCAGAAUAGCCAAAAUCUCCUCCCCAUGUUUCGAGGACGCUCGAAGAGGAGAGAGAUGUGCCAAGUUUCGCCGCUGCGGAUAUUCCACGUGCUUCUCGAGUUCAUCGACGUUGACUGGCUGCCGCACUGCGUCCCCUGCUAGGAUCAUGUCCUAGUCCACUGUGAUUCCUCGAUACGCGUGAUCCCACUGCCAAAAGAGAGAAAGAGAAACGAGCGUAGCAUACCGAAGUUUCAAUCUGAUCCUGACAUGUCGGGCUACCGCUUCAAGGACGUAGCUCGUUGUCGCCUCGAGAGUCUUCCCGAUCGAGAAUCGACGACCUCGUUCGUUUGAACGGCGAAUCAAGAGACGUUGUCACGUCCAUCGACAAGACUGAUAAUCUGUGUAAUGCAGCGCGCAAAGGCGACGACCUUCCGUCCCGAUUCAAGCUGCUCAAUCUUUUCACAAUAACGGCGAAAAUGUUCGGCAAGGUGCCACCGUCCAACACACCUGGACCGCCUUCGAACGAUGGAACGUUGGUCAAGUCGUGCGCCAGACCCAGUGGAACCGCGUGUUUGCCGUGUUUCUCGGUCGACGAGGCGCCAGCCACGCUCACCGAGGAAAAGUCGAAACCUUGGAGGCCGAAAGACCACUGUAUGCCCGUAGUUUCCGAGGCACCCUCUACGGGAAUAGAGGACAAGCAGAAGCUCUGGAGAUCGAAGGAGAACUGUAACUCCUCCGUCGUCUUCGAUCCACCUUGUAUCACCGAUGACAACUCGAAACCGAAGAGAGCGAAGGAAGGAUCGUGCCCUGUGAACGAGUAUCCGACUGUCACGGACGACAAGACGAAAUCGUGGAGAUCUAAGGAGAAUUGCAACGUUAGCGUGGUACCCGAUGUAGCUACCUUGAUCGAGGACAAGUCGAAAGUAAGGAGAUGCAAGGAAACGUGCACGUCCUCCGAGUGUCUCGACGAUAAAAAGCUUCGAAGGUCGACGAAGGAGUCCGGCGGUUCGUUGACGGUGGAGCCAGUUUCCAUCGAUGAUAAAUCCAACGUACGGAGAAUCUCGAAGGACUCGAAUAAUACGGGAAGUGUCGAUCUAUAUGGUAGUUCGCAAACUCCUAGCUCUACGUCUAAUUUUUCCCAAACGUCGAUCUCGUUCGUCGAGGUGAACAGACCUAGCAGGACCGAGUCGACUGGCUGCUCGGUGGCGAAGAACUCCUGCUCCAAAUACUCGGCCAAGGAGAUUUCUGGCCACGGAAGAAGUCACACGGUGGCGAAGGCGACGAGCUACGGGAAAUCUUCGAGUUGCGCGUCGACCAGUGCCACGAAAUCGCAGAGGGUGUUUGGUUCCACUAGUCUGAGCAGUUUGAACGUCGACUCCGGCUCGAGAGACUCGUCGAAGUUGGCGAAAAAGCACGUCGGUCCGAACCGCGAUUUUCUCGCUGGUAAAGAGCAACAUUUACCCGCAGGAAAGUCUAUUUCCAGAGAGACGCAGAGGAGUGUCGCGCAGGCUGCACCAUUGGCGGCAAGCAAACAAUCUACCGCGAAGCCUUCGGACGCAGGACAUACGGUGUCGAACGGCAAGAGUCGACCCGUCUCGGAGUCUAACAGCGAGCUAGGUGACUCACCGAUGGACUUCACCGCGAUUUCUGUGAUUCAGUCGACCGAUGAAUCUUGCCAGAAGUCGUCCGCGAAAUCGUACGCUGCCAACAACGAUAUGAUGGAGUUGGUGGUUUCGGCAACCUCGUCGUCGGGCGCUUACGAGCAACGAAAUUGCAGGGGGGACUUUACCACGUCCACACCGUCGAAGGACUGGAUGAAGUCCAACGGCGACGCGUUGCAAAGUUGCAUUUCCUGUUUGCCGCAAGAUCUUCCAACGGAGCUGCAGUCUUCGCCCCGAAGUUACAGGGAACGAGAAAAGUGCCGUGAUCCAUGGCGACCCACCGAAAUGGAAAGCAAUAUUUGCAACCUGAAUGUGUGUCCUAGUGAUACGUAUCAGGAUACCGGCUCGAAAAGGAGGACAGGUGCUUCCUGCCAGGCGUUGAGGCAUGCGGUUGCCUCGUUGAACCGAUUGGAUGACUUUUAUAUGGAGAAGAUCGGUGCCGGAUUCUUUUCGGAAGUGUUCAAGGUUACCCACAAAGUGACGAGUCAGGUGAUGGUCCUGAAGAUGAACCAGCUGCCUGCGAAUAGGCCAAACAUGCUGAAAGAAGUUCAACUGAUGAACAAACUCAGCCAUCCGAACAUACUCAGGUUCAUGGGAGUCUGUGUACACGAGGGUCAACUGCACGCCCUCACAGAGUACAUAAACGGCGGUAGCUUGGAACAGUUGAUCAUGUCGAGGCACACGCCUCUACCCCAUCCGAUCAGGAUGAAUCUGGCGAGAGACGUGGCACGGGGCAUGACCUACCUUCACAGUCGCGGGGUCUUUCAUCGGGAUCUCACGUCGAAAAACGUGCUGAUCAAGAAGGACGAAAGUACGUCGGAAAUGACCGCCGUGGUGGGCGAUUUUGGGCUGGCAGCGAAGAUCCCGGAUCCCAGUUCCGGAUACAGGCUGAGCACCGUAGGCAGUCCCUAUUGGAUGUCACCGGAAUGUCUCAAGGGUCAAUGGUACGAUCACAGGUCGGACGUUUUCUCGUUCGGUAUAGUGGUCUGCGAGCUGAUCGGCCGCGUGCCGGCCGAUCCGGACGUUCUACCACGGUCAGAUAACUUUGGCCUCGAUUACCUGGCCGUGGCAGAGAUCUGCGCGGCAGCUGAUCCGCCGCCAGCCUUUCUGCAGCUUGCCUUCAAUUGUUGCACCUACGAGCCAAAAUCGAGACCGACCUUCCACGAGAUUACCUGCAGCCUGGACACUAUGAUCAGCAACUACGAGGAGGAAUCGAAGAACAAUAUCGGUAAACGUCAGUCCGUGGAUCCUGCUCUCAUGUCCAGCAUGGACGAGAUCACUCGAGAAGGACGACCGACGAAGCGCAAGACCGCUCGUCUGCGGAGUCAAUCGGCGGACGCGAGAGGCUGCGACAACGCAACGCCCUCCGACAAGGCUAGGUGUCAUUCCGUGAGAAGGGUAGCGGAACUGGCUAGCAGGAGGGACCCGCAUUACAGGCCUAUGACGGCGAAUCCGUUCCACGCGUUGGGUGGCGUGAAGAAAAUCCUUGGCAAUUUGUUCUCCAGCUGCUUGGAGCUUCCGUCUCUGGAGGAUGUCAGGCCAAGCGUCACAGAUGCUAUCGCCAAGUUCAAGCCCGCGCAGAACGACAGUAUCGCGAAGAUCUUGGACAGAAAGAAACCAAACUCGGAACCGAGCAGUCCGACCGCCAGGAAGAAAUGGGAGAGAAAGGUGGCUACAAAGGCGGGCGCUGCCAGCUUGUUCACUCAUCCGCUUUUCCGAGACGGAUGGGAGCCAAGAAGGCGAGGUAGCUGCGAGUCGGGUUUUUGGAGCUGCGUCGGCGAAGAUCUCAGCCCGGAGCCACCCAAUCGUCGACACACCUCCACCUUGAGCAGCUCCGCGGCAAGCAGCUUGUUUUUAUUGGACGACCAUCGAACCAGCUCGAUCUACACCGACUCGUCCGAAGAUAUAGCGAGCUUAGGAGGUGGCGACUCCUGUUGGGAGGAUAGAUUAAGCGGUAUCGGGUCUUCCAGUAAAACUAUUUCCAAGAUCGUCGAGUACUUCGAGAGGAAGCAAGCGGGUAGCUUGCGACUUGCCGAUCACGAUGCCAGUUCUAGUAGGUUAACGUUCUUGAAAGCAAACUUAGAGGGUCCCGUUCCAUUAUGCAGUAUCUCAGCCGCGCAGAGGUUAGUCGUUUGCGAGGGUGCGGUGCGCAGCAAAUUGCCCUUGUUUGACAAAAAGUGAUACACAUCACUCGCACGUCGUACUGUUCGUUCCUUAGGGUUUCUUGGUUUUUUUACCGAUGUUUCUGGACCGCGUGAAAGCGCCUACACAGAGAAACGCUUCGACCCGAUUUGUUCCACGUGGAACAGCGAUGGCUAUGUCGAUGCGACAAAAAUAUUGGAAAAGAGUAGCGAUCGGAGGAAAGUAGGGUCGAACGACCUAGUCGCGCGCGAAAGAAGAGCUAGAAAGAUCGAAGAACGAUUAUAUCUUUAUUGGACUUUUGCGAUCGAAGUGGUUAAGGUUGGAACAGGGUCAGUAUUAACCAGAUUCGAAUAUCUGGUUCGAGUUCAAUGAAAAUAUAGUCAAGUGGGAGUUCAGCGGACACUUCUCUAAAAUCUAGUAACCCGACUGUGAUGUUUUUUGAUAAUCUACAUACAUUAUUGACCCGUAAUACGCUAUGUUUGAAGCUGUCGGCGCGAGUUUCCUCUUCCGCGUGCGACGAUCGUUACAUAUUUCUCACCGCGUUAGUGCACUUUAAAAAAAAAAAAAAAGAAAAACUUUAUACUCGAUACAAUAGCUGGUAAAUUUUAAAAGAAGGUUCUUUCACUUUACACAUGCCACAGGAUAUGUCAAUAGUAUUUUGCAUGAAAAUGAAACGUUUCUUGCGUUUGUAGUUCGGAAUACUUAGGAAUUUUCAAACACCAUCAGCCUAUUUUCCUCGGACAUGCAAUUUAGUAGAAGCAGACGAAGAAGUUAACGGUUCAGAGGAUUGAAAGAAGCAAUACACGUUUCAUUUUGAGACUGCGGCAAUCCAAUGCCAGUAGAAACGCUGCUCAUGUUCUUACCUUUUGCAGUGCCUCGCAGUUCCUAGUUAGCCACCUCCGUCCUUAUCCACGACAACUGAUUUUUUAUCAAUUAACGACGAUCAUACAAAAUCGAAAUGUGAAUGAACCGAUCGUAUUCAUUUCUAUGUUGAAAACGGGUUUUUAACGCAUUACUAAUCCCAACCAAUCGUCUCCUGUUACUUGAUUCGUGUUUGCACACGUUUCUUUUCUCGCCGAUAUCGAUGUGGACAUCGUUUAGCAGCGUUACACUCUUACAUUAAAUACCAGGAUGUCGGGAUAAGCAGCGAGAACUACGGCAAUGUACGAUAGAAGGCGGUAUAUUUUCCUAUAUGAAUU